AUGAAAGCCAUAAGCACAGCCAGAAACAAUGUGAACACGCAAAAAUGGCCAUACAAAAUUUUAGAGAAAGAAAUAAAUAAUAAAAUAAAUAAUAUUUUAAAUCUUAUUAUAUUUGACACAAGUAAGAACGUAAGCGGCGAACAUACGCAGGACUAUCUAAAGUACAUCAAUAGGAAUGUGUGCAAAUUGAACAGCAAGAAGGAAGAUAUACCAUCAGAUGCAGUGGAAAAUGAAGUUGUGAAUGCGGAGGAAAAUACACUGGCAAAUGAAGUGGCAAUUGCAGAUGGUGGUUCGAAUAACAGAAACAUACAACAACUAAAAUGGAAGUACUACAACAACAUCUCUGUAGGUGUACUAAAAGAAUAUAUAAAAACAGUUCACAGGAGCAAGAGUAAUUUGGGAUUGACAUAUGCGACGAAUGGUAAGUGGAACAAGCUGCUCGAUCCCUACGAGGACAAGGCUAACCCAGAAAAGGUGAAGAAAGAAAAAAUGAUCAAGCAAGAUGAAACAUUUAAUGAGGCACGUUAUGCACGCCUAAGCAAAAAUUUAACGAAUAAAAAUGUAUGCAGCAAAAAACGGAAACUGCAUAAAUGUGAAGAAGAAAAGGAUAUGGAAAAGAAAGUGGAAAGGGAAGUGGAAAAAGAGAAGGAAUCAGGUGAAUAUAUGCUGAACGGUGAAUAUGACAGCGUGCUAAAGAAUGCAAAUCUUAAUGAAGUUAAAUACCUGUGGUUAAAACAUGCAGUAGUUAUAUUUAAGUUACUCAUUGAUUGUAAUUUAAAAGUUGAUAUUAAAAGAAAACUAAGUUUAAGUAGAGCAGUUUUAUGUUUCCUCAAAAAUAAAAAUAUACAUGUGAACACUGAUUUAUAUCUUUCAUAUUGUUACCUUUUGUCAAAAAUUAAUAUGAUAGAUAAGGAGCUUGUCAUUAUAAUGUAUUCACAUGUACAAAAUGAUUUCAAGCACUUGAGUAUGUUAAACAAGUUUUAUUUGUUUAGUUGCAUUCAUAAUUUUAAUUUUUUGUCUAAAAAAUUUCAAAAAAUUCGAACUUACUUACAUAGUCAUUUUUACAGUUUAGUAAAAGGAGAGUAUUUAAGCAGAGUAGGGGAUAAUAUACAGACUAGUAGAGAAUUGAUAAGCGGCCAAGUAGAAUGGGUAGGUUUCCAAGAAGAAGAGAAAGUAAGACACUUAUAUGAGGAGGAACAUAAACAGAUAGGAAAAAAUACGAAAGUUCAUCCUACAACCAUUAAGGCAUUAAGCGCACGAAAAAGAUUGACCCCUAUGCAAAAAGAAAAUUUUCUGUUUUUAAAUAACUACUUGUUUCAUAUAUACGAGAUCCUGUUUAAAAAUAAAAAUUAUAUUUCUCAUUUGGAUAGGACUUUAUUUAAAUUUGUAAUAAAUAACGAAAUGAUGAAAUGUAAUAAAGUAGAAGCAAAAGUUUUUAAGAGCAUAGUAAAAUUAUGUGACAGAGAUUUAAUCAAUUUUAUAUUUAACAAAAUAAUAGAUAAUAUUGAGUCAUAUGAUAAUUUAGAAAUAUAUAAUAUGCUUACCUAUUUUUCGAAAAAUGAAAAUGAAUAUCUCUCUCAUUUUUUACAUAUUUUGAAUGAGAAAAAAAAAAAUUUCGAAAACAUGAACAUAAAACAUGUCAUAUAUUUAUAUGUAUACAUAAAUAGAAUUUUAAAGAGGCAUUUUAAAAAAAGAAAAGGGAAAAGUUUAACCACUGCUCGAAGGAAUCAUAUGCAAGAACUUGUCAAUAGUAUUUCGGACAAGUUGAAUAAGAAAAAUGGGUCAAGUCGAAUAGCGAUGUCUUUACUUCGUGCUAGCAGCAAAUUGGGGAAGGAGUGUAAAAAGGAGUGUACGGAAGAGUGUAAGAAGGAGUGUACGGAAGAGUGUAAGAAGAAAUGUACGGAAGAGUGUAAGAAGGAAUGUACGGAAGAGUGUAAGAAGGAGUGUACGGAAGAGUGUAAGAAGGAGUGUACGGAAGAGUGUAAGAAGGAAUGUACGGAAGAGUGUAAGGUAGAAUUGUGCACUUCAUACGUAAAUAAUUUAAAAAAGGAAAAUGAAAUGUGCUUCCUGUAUGAACUCGAAGCAAGAACUGAAGAGGAUAUGACUGUAACUGGUGAGGAAUGUGUUGAGCUUAUGAAAAAGUUAAACGAGAUAUUUUUGUACAUAUUAACACAAAAAAUUAUCUAUUUAAAUGUUAAUAAUAUAAUAACGGUAUUGUAUAAUACAUGCCCAAUCUUUAAUGAAAACCAAAUAAUUUUUGUGAAUAAACUGUUUAUGCAAUUGUUUGAAGAGAACCGUUUGGUCUUAAACUUUUUGCAUAUAUAUAGUGCACUCUUUCGAAAUUUCCUAUUUUACUAUCACACCAAUGUUGGUCUUCAGGAGGUGGAGUCAUGUCGAACUCAUACAGAUGGCACAAAAAUUGAUAUGUCAGUAUAUGCAAACAAAGUAGACAAUAUUUUUAAGUACAUCAAGAAACACUAUUACAUUAAUUACGAAAAUAUGUGUGAUAUAAGCAAGUACACAAUAGUAUUAAACGUUUAUGUAAAUUUUGUAUUAGACCUUCUUAUGUAUUAUAUAUAUAAAAGAGGUGCACAAGGAGAUACCCAGGGAGAUGCCAUAAAAAAUGCAGAAGAACAUGCCCAGGAAGAUUCCCUAAGAGAUGCACAAGGAGAUGAAAAAGAAGAUGCAUCUUGCGACAUAUACCAAAGGAAGAUGGCCUCCUUUAUCAUUCACAUAUUUACCCACUUACAGUUUAUAACAUAUAAUAAUGGACAAGAUUCAAUUCCUAUGAAUAAAUUACAGCUUUUUUUUAAUUACAGUCAAGAUAUUGUAAAAAAGUUAAGCACAUAUGUAGAUGCCAUUGCAUACCCUCUAUGCGUUAUGGAGGAGCGGGGAGAACCUUUAUCACUCACUGGGGAGAACGUAAAUGUGGGAAAAAAUGGGCAUAAUAAUGGGAGAAAAAAAUUAAGAAACGGAGAGCAUGCGAUGGAUCGUAAUAUAAAUAGUGUAACAGACGAUCCUGGAGAAGUAUCAACCUUUUUUAAAAAUUCCUUCCUCCUUGAUGAUAUGUUCAUAGAUGCCACUAUUCCACAUUGCUGCUUCAGUAAGAAUGAACCAAACAUGGGUCACGUACAAAUUUGUAAAAAUUUAAAGACUAACAGUUAUAGCAUGCUAAUAAAUGAUAAAUCGAAUAAUAUUAUUACUACAAAUUCUGAAGAGAUGAGUAGAAAUGAUAACAUGGGCAAAUGUGUACCUAACGAUAUGAGUCAGCAUGUGAGCAAUCGGAAUAUGAAUGAUAUGUCAAGCAAUGUGUGUAAUUUUGUUCACAUAAUAGAAUACAUUAGCUAUAUAUGUUCAUAUAUUUACUUUAAAACAAAUGCAAAAGAUAAUACACACAUAAAGGAAAAUAUGAUGUAUAUUUAUUUGAGUUUACAAAAAUAUAAUAAAACGAAUAAUUACCUUGUUAAUAAUAUUUUUAAAAUAUUAAAAAAUAGCCAUUCGAAGGAGUUAAGCCAAAAUGCUAUUUUUAUAAUUGCCUUGGAUUAUAUUCGUGAGUACAAAAACGUCAACAGCAUUACUAUUAAGAUUUUUCGUUAUUUAAAGAAGAACAAAUUUAAUGUAGUUAUUAAUAAAGGGGAAUAUUUGAGCAUUCCUUCGAACAGUCCCAAGUAA